AUGACCUUUGGUUCUACCUGGGUCUAUGUACUAGUUGGUUGUAUUUGUGGCUCUUUAGUGGGAGCUUCCAAUCUCAGAGCCUACUAUCCCCCUCUGUGGAAGGAGAGUCCUGGCCAACUCAGCGAAUAUAGAAUAGAAGAUGGAAAGUACAACAUAAAUCCCUGGAAUUACUCUGAAAGACUAGGAUUGUAUAAAAUCCUAGUGAAACAAACAGUGAGAUAUUUUGAAAAAUUUGCUCCAGGAAAUGAACAAAAUGUUUUAUGGGGCUUGGCUGCAUUUUACGGAUGGCAAUACCACACAGGUAGGUUAGCUGACCCCACUCAUAGGACAGACUGUGGGUAUGCCUCUGGAGAUCACCUGUGCAUCUCUGUGGACAGCUGGUGGGGUGACCUUAAUUAUUUCCUCUCUGUAAUACCCUUCCUGGCUGCCAUUGACUCUGGAGUAAUGGAGCUAUCAUCAGACAUCACCCUUCAGCUACCAUCCAAGGAUCAGGAGAAGUUUUGUUAUGAUGUUUCUAGUUGUCAUUCAUCUUUUCCAGAAGCAAUGAAAGUGUGGAAUAAACUUUAUCAGCAUAUGAAGUUACCUUCUAGCACUUUUGAUGAUUUGGUGAAGGAUGUUUGGGAGGCACAUUUGUCAUCUCUGAUUGGUAAUUUUCUCAGUAGAUCAAAAUAUUAUUCUAAACUGGAAGCAGAUUUUCAAAGAGACUGGGCAUUAUUUGUGGAAUAUUUAACUGCAUUAAGAUUUCCUACAACUUUGAUGAAAGUAAGUGAAUUCGUGAAGGGCAUGCCACAACGGAUACUUGUUGAUGAAGAUACAGCCUUCUUCAUCAGAGACUUUACUACCUUUCAGAACAUAGUCCUGCAUGUUCUAAGUUUCCUCCACAAAAUGCAUGAAUAUACAGGACUGAGUGAACAACUGACUGUGAGCAAUUCCAGCAACCCAAGGUUGUGUGCAGGCAACGACAGCUGCUGUGAGUUCAUGAUCACAGUGGUGUCAGGCCCGGAAGACACGGUUUUGAUCUGGGCCUUCCAGACUUCUGACUUUUUCCAUCUUUAUAUCCCCUCUUCCUCAAUGGCCCUUGUCCCUUGGGGAGGUGGUAUAGAUAACAAUUUGUGGCAGAGCAUUCGACUGACCUCUUUGUGUUUUGAUCAGCUUUAA